CGUUGAUCCCAAGAAAAGAAAUGGUAAAUAAUGCCAAUGGUUUUAAAAGUCUAAUAGGUAUAGCGUCACUGCACAGAACAGCACAGCACAACACAGCACAGCACACAGAGAAAGAGCAAAAGUGAAAGGGCUUUUCUGUAAUUUCGUAGUUUUUGGGUUUAUUUUUCAACUGCUACACGUAGAUGCCGUAAGCAGCAAUAAUAUUUCACGCCAAAUCACACGCAAUCUCUCUCUCUCUCUCUCUCUGAUCACCUCUUCUUCCUCCUCCGACACAUUCAGACAUACCCCCCUCUCAUCAACCUUUCCAAUCAGACGCGUUUUCAUUUCCUGAAUAAAGGUUUUUCUCUGCGCGUGACCCGUUCUCUUCUCCAAUUCUCCACACACAUUUGCUAGCCCCACAACGGCUAACAUCCUAUUUUCCAUUAUACCUCCAAGUAUAUAGAUAUAUACAUAUACACACACCCUUUAAAUCUAGUAAACAUAUAUGGGUACCCAAAUGGAGGUCAAGCUCUGGAACGACAAGCGCGAGAGAGAAAUGUAUGAGAACUUCGCCGAGUUAUAUGCCAUUAUAAAAGCUACUGAGAAGCUUGAGAAGGCCUACGUUCGAGACAUAAUCUCCUCUACAGAGUACGAGGCCGAAUGCCUUAAACUCAUUGCCCAUUUCAAAACCUUAAGUUCCUCACUCAAAGACACCAUCCCCAGCAUAGAGCGCUUUGCUGACACUUACAAAAUGGAUUGCUCGGCUGCCAUAAAUCGCCUGGUGACAUCUGGGGUGCCUGCCACGGUGGAGCACCGGACCGCUACUUCCUCGUCGUCAAAUACAUCAGCUGCUGCCGUGGCAGAGUGUACACAGAAUUUCAUCACUGCCAUGGAUUCAUUAAAGCUCAAUAUGUUUGCAGUUGAUCAGGUGCACCCUUUGCUCUCUGACCUUGCUACAUCGCUUAAUAAGUUGAGCUUUUUGCCUCCGGAUUUUGUGGGGAGGGUGAAGUUGAAAGAGUGGAUUUUGAGGCUAUCAAAGAUGGGUGCAGCAGAUGAGUUGACGGAGCAGCAGGCUCGUCAGCUUCACUUCGAUCUUGAGUCAUCUUAUAACUCAUUUAUGGCAGCUUUGCCUAACGCUGGCACUUGAUUCGUUUCUAUACUCCUUAUUUGAACAGCCUUGUAUCUGAUUCACCAAGCCUUGAUGCCUUACUAUUAAUAUAUUAGCUCUGAUUCAUUGAGCCUUGAUGCCUUACUAUUAAUGUAUUAGCUCUGAUUCAUUGAGCCUUGAUGCCUUACUAUUAAUAUAUAUUAGCUCAUAUCUAAACUUUAGGAAUUUACCAUUAGGAUUUCAAAGUGGGUGGAUUAUUGGACUUCGGCUUAAGUAAACAAGUAGUUGUGUUUGUCUGCCCGGGUGUCAAACAAGGACUAUUUAAUAAGAAGAAAGCCAGUAAUUUUAGCUGUUGUGAAAUGAUCGGUUUUCCUUUCAUUUUUGCAUCAUUUUACCUUUGUUUUUCUAUUCUAACAGACGUGCAUCUGUUCAGCACUCGAUUUAUUCGAACAAAUUGUUGAAUAUUACAAGUAUUACUAGUAAUUUUAUGAUUUUAAUUGUUGGGGUUA